AUGGUUGAAGCGACACUAUUCGAUCUGCUUGUCAAGCGGUCAGACCUCCUUAACCCUGAUAAUGACCCAAACAUAGGGUCUUCCAGGGGUAAUGCCUCCUCAACGACUUCCGAGGCUAUGGAAAAUCUUGGUGUCAAAGAUUCAACAUCUCUUUCCGCACUUGUCACUACAUUAGUUCCUGCUUUGAUAAUCGCAGUCUUUUGGUUCGGUCUGUUCUUGAUCUGUCGGCGAACUCAAAUUCGGUGGUACGCGCCUAGGACACACUUGCCCAAUUGGCAUAAGCAUGAACGGAGUCCACAGUUGCCCUCAGGUUUCAUUAAUUGGUUCGGGCACUUUUUCAAAAUAUCUGAUGCACACGUCCUUCAUUCCUCGUCUAUGGAUGGUUAUCUUUUCCUUCGAUUCCUUCGAGUACUGUGUGCUACAUGUUUCACGGGAUGCUUGAUUACAUGGCCCGUCUUGCUUCCUAUCCAUGCAACUGGCGGUGCAGGGAACACUCAGCUAGAUGCAUUGAGUUUUAGCAACGUGAAAAACCCAAAGCGCUAUUAUGCUCAUGUCGUGAUGGCGAUCGUCUUUUUCACGUUCGUCUUCUACGUGGUAACGCGUGAGAGUAUAUUUUAUGCCAAUCUUCGUCAAGCGUAUCUCAACUCCUCCGCCUAUGUAAACCGGAUCUCCUCCAGGACAGUUUUAUUCAUGUCAGUCCCUGAUGAAUAUAAGAACGAGAAGAAGCUGCGCCAAGUGUUUGGUGACUCCAUUCACCGGAUAUGGAUCACUACCGACUGUAAAGAGUUGGACAAGUUGGUACGCAAAAGGGACAAGUUGGCCUUCCGCUUGGAGAGCGCAGAGACAAGAAUAAUCCGAUCAGCGAAUUCGGUGCGCCUGAAGUCAUUGAGACAGGGCCGCAUCCCAUCUGAUACAUCUCUUGAAAGUGAAUCAGGCACUUCGCCGAUGUUUCAUGGCAUCCGGCGACCAACUCAUCGCCUCAAGUGGUUUGGGAAAAAGGUUGAUACGAUCAAGUGGUUGCGGGAGCAGCUUGUGGAGGUUUCGCAGGAGGUUAAUCAUCUACAACAAAAGUAUAAAGAUGGGGAGAUGAAGACUCUUUCUGCAGUCUUCAUCGAAUUUGACACCCAGUCCGCCGCCCAGAUUGCAUUGCAGACUUUGUCUCAUCACCAACCACUCCAUAUGACCCCUCGCUUCAUUGGUAUUUCCCCAAGAGAAGUUGUCUGGUCUGCAUUGAAUCUCAGCUGGUGGCAACGCAUUGUGCGAAAGUUCGCGGUUAAGGGUGGUAUUGCUGCGCUUGUCAUUUUCUGGUCGAUCCCGUCUGCCCUUGUGGGUACUAUUUCAAACAUCACAUACCUUUCCGACAUGAUUCCAUUUCUGCAUUGGAUCGACUUACUGCCAGAGACAAUAAAGGGUGUAAUUGCAGGACUGUUGCCAUCGGCGGCACUAGUUAUGCUGAUGUCCUUGGUGCCAAUUAUUUGUCGAAUCUGUGCCCGACGAUCCGGUGUGCCAUCUUCUUCUCGCGUGGAACUAUUCACGCAGAGUGCCCAUUUUUGCUUCCAGGUGGUCCAGGUCUUCCUGGUCACGACGUUGACUUCAGCAGCAUCCGCUGCAACUACACAAAUCAUCAAAGACCCUUUGUCCGCCAAGGAUCUUCUUGCGGAGAACCUCCCUAAGGCAACCAAUUUCUAUAUCUCUUACUUUCUGCUCCAAGGAUUGACUAUGAGCUCUAUGGCUUUGGUUCAGGUUGCUGGAGCCUUAUUCUUCAAAUUCAUCACCACCUUUUUCGAUCGCUCUCCCCGACGUUUGUAUGAAAGAUGGUCCGCUCUCAGCGGUAUCAGCUGGGGUAACAUCUUCCCUGUGUUCACAAACAUGGGCGUGAUCGCCCUGACCUACUCCUGCAUCGCACCUCUCAUUCUCGGCUUCGCCUUCGUCGGCCUCUACCUCGUCUACCAAGCCUACCGCUACAACUUCCUCUUCGUCUACGACCCCCGCAUCGACACCAAGGGCCUCGUCUACCCCCGAGCCCUCCAACACCUCCUAACAGGCAUCUACCUCGCAGCCGUCUGCAUGAUCGGCCUCUUCGCCAUUAAAGGCGCAAUUGGCCCCCUAAUCAUAAUGGUCCUCUUCGCCAUCCUCUUUGUUCUAGCCCACAUGUCCCUCAACGAAGCCCUCGCCCCCUUCAACAACUUCCUUCCCCGCACCCUCGACGCCGAAGAAGAAGCCCAGCAAUGCAAAGAAGAAGCCCACUUCCUCGGCCCGCGCAGCAGAUGGGAAGCCGCCUGGAAAUGGUUUCACCCGAACCUCUACCGCGACUACGCCGCUCUCCGUCGGAAGGUCCGCCGCGAUGACGUCGAGAUCAAAUACUCCGAAGAAGAACGCGCCAACGCCUACUACGAGCCGUGUAUCACGUCACCCACGCCAACAAUCUGGAUCCCGAGGGAUAAGUGGGGAUUCAGUCAGCAGGAGGUGUUGGGGACGGAUCCGAUUAUUCCGAUUACGGAUGAGGGCGCGCAUCUGGAUGAGAAGAAUAAGAUCGUUUGGGAUAAAUAUGAUCCUAACUUACCUUUGUCGGCGUUGAAGACUUUGUACUAA